AUGCUAAGUAAAUCACCUAUUAUUAAAUUCGUACUUUUUGGUAUAUUUGCUUUUGGUAUUGGUGUUAUUAUCCUCAACUCUAUCUCAUAUGGUCGACGUCAAAAUGAUCUUGAUUUAAUUGAAAAACAUAAUCAAUUGGAUAAAUCAGUUCAUGAUCAUGCUGAGUCAAUUGCUACUAAGUUUGAUUCUAAAUCAAAAACAAAAUCAUCAAAAUUACCUCUUAAAAAAAUAGAUAUUUCUAAAGUAUCUAUUCGAAAAUAUAAAAUAUCUUUGAAUAAUGAAACGCAUGCAAAUAUUCUUGUUCGUGAAGCAGGCAAAGGAAAUAAACAGAUACUUUUACUUCAUGGUCAAAACUGUUCUUUUAAAAUAUGGGAAAAAAUUGGUACAUUUCAAUAUUUAAGUAAUUUGGGUUAUCAAGUUUUUGCUAUUGAUAUUCCAUAUAGUGAAAAUAAUUCAUUACCUGUAAAUGGAAAUAAGGCAGCAGUUAAAUGGUUAAAAAAAGUCAUUGAAACAUUGCAUCUUUCAAAUUUAUCUAUUAUUAGUCCAUUAAUGAGUGGUCGAUUAACAUUACCUUAUAUGUUUCAUUUAAAUAAACAACAAGAAUUAAUACGAAGUUUUGUUUAUAUUGAUCCAAUUGGAACAGAACAAUUUAAUAUUUCUAAUUAUGAAGAAAUAGAAAUUCCAACAUUAAUUAUUCAUGAUAAACAAAAUACUAAAUUUCAAUCAGCAUUUAUAACUCUUAAAAAUAUUCCUACACAUGAAAUUUUAUUCAUUAAAAAUAUUUUCAAUGAUUCUUAUUAUGAAAAUCGAGAUGAAUUUCAUUAUAGACUUCGACAAUUUCUUGAUAAGAUCUAUCGACCAAAUUAUAAAAUGCCUCAUAAAUAUUUAGCAAGAAAAAAGUUCUUUGAUCAUAUGAAGAAAAAAGCCAACUACAAACAAAAUCAAUAA